UGUGUUUGCUUUACAAAGAUUUGGCUUUUCUUCUGCAUUUUUUUGAUGGAUGAGAAAGAUUUCAAGUUGGAAAAAAACAUGAAGAGAAGCAUUCACGGACUAGUGACUGUCCUGCGUGUGAAAAGUAAAUUUCCAUAAAAUUACCAAAUCAGCCCAUAUCCUCGACGCCACUAUAAAAUCCAGUUUUCACACCCAGUGACUGACCUUCCCCCUCGAAAGCCUUUAAUGGAGUCGCUCCCACACAACUCAUCUUCAAUUUUUCUCACUAAGCAGAUAACAAGUGCUGGGCAUUCGCUAACCAUAAGCUCAAGCUUGAAAUUUGGACCUGGGUGCUCUUUUUCUUCCCAAAAGUUGUCGCUUGGGCUCAGAAAAGCAGUCAUAGUCGGGGCAAAGAAGGACAACAAGAACAAGAAGGAAGAUAAUCACAGCUUCGUUCCCAAACCUGAAGAAGCAACUGGGUUUUUCUCUGAAGCGGUGCUCCUCAAAGAGAAGAAAGUUCAGGAAGAUGGUAGAAUUCUCCCUGAGUUUGCGGAUGCCGAAGAGGAGGAGCUUUUCGAACUUCUGAACCUUCAGCUGCAGAGUGAAUCAGAUGUCAUGCAGACGCGCCACUAUGAGGUUGUAUAUAUAAUUCACGAGAAGCAUGAGGAAGAGGUCGGGAGCGUUAAUGAGAAAGUUCAAGAUUUUUUGAGGGAGAAGAAAGCCAAGAUAUGGAGACUGAAUGAUUGGGGUCUUCGAAGAUUAGCAUACAAGAUCCAGAAAGCCAAGAAUGGACAUUAUAUCUUAAUGAACUUUGAAUUGGAAGGCAAAUGGAUAAAUGAUUUCAAGACUAUGUUAGACAAAGACGAAAGAGUCAUUCGACACCUUGUGAUGAAGGCAGAUGAAGCAAUCACAGAGGAUUGCCCGCCUCCACCUGAGUUCCACACGUUGUGUGCUGGUACGGAUGACGAUGAUGAAGAGGAUGAUAUAGAUGAAGAUGAUGGUGAUGUAGACUACGAUGAUGAAGAAUAUGGCGAGGAGUUGGCUGAUGGUUCCUUCGAUGAUGAUCGUGAAGAUGGUGUUAUCCUCAAUAGAUUUGAAAAUAGUGAAGUGAGGGAAAAUGAAUUGAGUACCAUAAAAAGAAGACAUGAGAAAGUAGGCAGGUAGAGGUAGUCAAAGGAGUUCAAGGUUGGUUUAUGUAAUGUCAUAUGGCGUGAUAUUAUGUAACAAAUAGAUGAAGGAGGAUCAUUUAGAAAUUUUAUGAAGUUUCUGCUUGUGACCUUCUCCUCUAAUUUAUCACUAAGCAAGGCAUGGAGAUCC